AACGAGUUAAUUUGGUACAAUUGUCUCAAAACGAGAUUAUUGUAUCAAAUUGAUCCUUUACCAUUGCAAAAUGCAAACGAACCCUAUACUCUGACUUCAAAGGGAAGGACCGAAGGGAGAUCCAGAAGUUUCACCGCUUCUCAUCCAUCGACCAUCGCCAUUACUCCCGGCCAUUCAGGCACAUCAGCAGAAGGCAGAUAGAACUCAUUUUCAAUCGCGAUAAAAUUCGCAUAUCCGCUCUCGUUUUCCGGUCGGUAUUCAUGAUUCUGUUGCAGUCGCAUUCUAGAUUUCUCAUCGAGACCUUGUCGAAUCGGGUCCAGAAUCUUGACAAGGCAGUUGAGCUGGAUUACAACUGGGUUGAAUUCGGAGAUAUUCGGUACCACGUUCAGGUGACAACAAAGCACCCAAACGUUCUGCUUCUGUCCGUGUCGCUGCCUAUCCCACCUCCAGAAACCGUGUUCGUGGGCGGACUCCCUUUUGGAGCCAUAGAAGCUAUCAAAUCGGCGUAUGGCUCGGUUGUACAGAUUCUUGACCCUCCCAAGGAUGGCUUUAACCUCACUUUGAAAAUCAAUUUGGCUAAACUACCUACUGAUGAAGAGCGCAAGCAAGCUCUUCUGAUGAAGAUCGCAUCUGUGAGGGAAGUUGUACUAGGUGCUCCACUGAGUGUAGUUCUUAAACAUCUUUCUUCGAGGACUGUUGCUCCUGGUGUAGAUGGGCUUCUGGCCCUUGUUCAUCGACCUAAUGAGUCCUUUUUCCUUUUUCCUCAGGCUGAAAGAGUGACGGUAGUAUAUCCUAUGAGAUUCAGCGACUCUGUGGAUACUACAUAUGCAGCUUCCUUCCUACAGGAAUUUGUGGAAACAAGGCGUACUGCUGGGCUUACUAGUGCCCCUGUGUGUUCCUGGUCGCCUGACCCUCCUCCCGAAUUAAAAGAAGCUUCUGCUGAACCAUUAUCUGCAAAUGCUGGAUUUGUAUCGUUUGUUAUUUAUCCCCGUCACGUGGAGGGCAGGAAGCUGGACAAGACAGUGUGGAAUCUGUCAACAUUUCAUGCAUAUGUUAGUUAUCAUGUUAAGUGCACAGAGGCUUUCAUGCAUACUCGAAUGAGGAGGAGGGUGGAGGGUAUGAUACAGGCGUUGGAUCAAGCAAAACCAGAAUCAGAGGAAAAAACAAAAUCUCCGAACAAUCGAUCGUUCAAACGGCUGAGCAUCAAAGAAGGCCGAACAAAUUCAAAAUCGUGAAGAACGGAAAGCUUGGUUUGUGGUGCCCCUUCUUGAUCAACAUCGCCCAUCCACCUCCAAAGUUGAGGUUACUAUAUUGUUUCCCUCCGAGAGGCUGGGAAAUAGGAACUUGUUGACGUGCACGAAUUCUUAUUCAAACUCCAACCUGGUAGGAGUCCGAUUUUGAUGGCUUUGUAAGGCUAUUUUUUUUUUGUUCUUUGCAAGUGUAAUCUUCAGUUGCUUUGCUAGCUCCUCUCGAGACCUUCAAUUUUAUCUUUAUGUUCUUCAUCAUUUUCUGCUGUGAGAUCAAACUUUCAACUGCUCUGGAAGAUGUUCAUGUGAUCAGGUCCCCCCAAUGGAUAAGCUUUUUGAUACAGAAGAUAAGGCCAACGAGGUAGCAGCUUACCAAAUAUUGCAUCUUUUUUUUUUCUUUCUUCCACCUAUAAGUGGUUCAUUUCUAUAUCUCAAAGCAAAAGAAAAUCUGAAAGUAGAUUUUUCAGGGAAAGCGAAAUCUUCGUCAUUCAGUGAGUUGUAACAUAACCAUUGCGGUUUUGAUAAGCUCUUUCUCGAAUGCAAAUGGCAGUUCACGCCAAAAUGUCAUCACCGUGGGCCAAACUCAAUCAGUAGUAAGGUUUAAAAGAAUUUGAGACUGAAAUGGAAGAAAUUUGAUUGCUCUCAAGCGGGAAACCAACGGACUGCAAAGAGGCAGGUUGAUUUUUGUACAACGAGUGGGAGCAGAACAUGAACUAAAGAAUUUUCUAACCCCCCAUAAAAAGACGACCAAAUUCCCAUAAAGGGGGAAGGGGAAGUGAACAGAGAAAACCAGGCAAAACAAAAAGAGAAAAGCUGCUGCCAGCACCCAAACACUACAAUUCUCUCUCCAUUUUCCUGCAUUGCAGAUUCAGAUUCAAUAUCCAAUGUGAAGCCGAUGAGAGAUGAGAUGAGUGCGAGGCAUAUAACUUGAUGAGAAAUGUUUUGUUGGAUGGGGAAAUGCAAGAAUGGUGGAUGAAGUUUGCAGGAAAGGGUGGGGAAUGCUGGCAUUGCCUAUAUCCCUCUUCCCUUCCCCAGUCGCAACGAGGAACCAUUGAAAUACGUUUAUCACUGUUUGUAUGUACGGGAGGCAGGCAAGGAUGAUGAUGAUGAUGAUGAUGGCGGCAAGUGAAAGGAGUUUCUCCGAAGGCAAGCAAGCAAUCGGUGACCGCGCAAGGAAGCAGAGGCAGAUAAGCGAGGGGGCUGUAGCCGCAGGCUGAGCGAGAGGGGGGGCUCCUUUCCUUCUCUUCUUCCUCUAAUGGCAAAGAGAACCAACCAAAAGGUCCCCCAACGAAACAAUUAUUCAUCUCACUCACUGUCUUCACCCCCCAAUAAGUAAAGCACAUGGUGGCUCAUCUCAUCUCAUCUCAUCUGACCUGCAGCACGGCCUCUUCUUUCUGUCUAUCGGUCCAUCUUCUUACAUCACUCUGAUUCACUGUCCAUGCUCUCCAUCCCCUUCAAUCCUCGCCGUUUCUGCUGCUUCUUCACACUCUUCUUCUCUCUUACUUCGUACCUACUCUUUGUCAAAUCAGACAGCCACAUCCCUGGAUAGCAAAACUGAAGCCCUCUAUCAACAUUUUUGGCCCUCUUCUUGGGCCGUUGGGGAAGCUUGGUGCCUUUCAUUACCAGGAAAUCAUUCUCCUUUUCCUUCCUCGACAGUGACAGAAAAAUCCUCGGCCACUCCACCGCCAAUCUUUCCACCGGGGCUGCCGCUGUAUUAUUAUGAACAGCUGCACCACCACGGCCACCUUCAUGGUCCAGUUGGCCUGAAGUUGACUCUACGUGGUGGCGGCCGUGCCCGUGAUGAUGAUGAUCAGCAGCUGCUGCAGCUUGAUGGUGGUGAUGCAGCAAAGCAGCAGCUGCUGCUGCUGAUCCAUUCAAUUUCUCAUCCCUGCUAGACCGUGAGGUGGGCUGUUGCUGUUGGUGCUGAGCCUUUUUAUCAACUUUGUCUGGAGUCGGAGGAGAUCUUUUCCCCGCCGUAGUAGAUCUAGAAACCACCCGGCUUCCACCACCACCGCCACCACUAGCCCGAGACGGCGACCCGUUCCCAGCAGAUCGCUUUUCCAAAUUCCUAUGCGAGAGGAGAGCGGCGGUUUCUUUCCUGAGGUUGCCUCCCCUGCCGUUGGUCGUUUGCUGGGGAUGUUGUGCCGCCGCCGGCGGAGGAGGCGGCAUAGACGGAGCCGGCAGCUUGCUGUCGUCUAGUCUCCUGGUGACCUUAGAGGCGACGGUUUGUUGCCUGGCUUGACCGGAAGAUGAGGAUUCAUCGGCCAGAGCCCGGAUCUCCGACCGGGAUACCCUCGCCCUCUUCUUCUGAC